GUGCGGCACAGCUGAUUACCAGUCUGGGAAAACGCUAGAAUUGAACCAAAACAUUUGUAAAUCAACAAUAAAUAUUAAAAAAUAGCAUAAGGGUCGGUGGUAACUAAACGAGAAUGUUACGGGACCUCAUAACGUGGGUGUUGAACACGUAUCUGGGAAAAUAUCUGGAGAACUUGAACUCUGCUCAAUUGUCUGUGGCCCUGCUGUCGGGCGAAGUCGAGCUUGAGAACAUACCCAUACGCAAAGAUGCCCUCCGCUCGUUUAACUUGCCGGUGGAAGUCACCGCCGGAAGCAUACGGAAAAUCAAGCUCCAGAUCCCCGUCCGCCAGUUCAGAACAUCGCCGUGGUGCAUAUCCAUCGAGGGACUGUUCUGCAUCAUCUGCCCAAAGAACCUGGACAACUGGGACCAUGAAAAGGAGAAGCUGCAGGACCUGGAGUACAAGCUGUCGGUGCUGGACGCUGCAGAGGCUGGCUGGCGGUCCGAGAAGGGCCAGCAAAUGGAGUCCUACUACUUCUCGUCCUACAAUAAUUGGCUGAAAUACGGCACCAACAUGGCCACCAACAUUAUCGACAAUAUCGAGCUGAAGAUCUCCGACGUCCACUUCCGGUACGAGGAUAUUGUGGACACCGGCAAGAGCCGGAUAUGUACGGGCAUCAAGAUUGGCUCCUUGACCGCCCAGAGCUGUGACUGUGAUUGGACCAAUGGUUCCUACAAAAUGACUAACAGCGAAAUGAACUACAAACUGGUGGAGCUCAAAGAGCUCUCCGUAUAUUGGGAUCUGCUGCACGAGGACAUCAAAUGUCAGUCGUACACGAAUCAGGAAAUCCUCGAAAAACUACACUCCACCUGCGAGCAGAGGCCGCACAAUUUUAUCAUCAAGCCGAUUUGUGCAACAGCGCGAUGGAAGCGCGACAAGUGCCAGCAGGUGAUCCGUACCAAAGACAAACCCAGGGUCUCAUGCGAGCUCCUGGUGCCCGAGGUGGUCAUAGACAUAUCCAAGGUCCAGCGAUUGCAGAUGUUAGAUAAGCUUUCGGAAAUCCGGCAAGUCAAGGAAGUUCGGCAAUACAGACUAAAGCGACCAAACUGUAGUAUAGAAAGUAAUCCCCGCCUAUGGUGGAAAUAUGCCCUCAACUGUCACGGCUUCUCCAUGAAGCAAAAUGAAGAAAGUUGGCUGGUACUUACGGAGAACCUCCGAUAUAUGAAGCUCUACAAAGCGAUUAUUUUGAAUCCAAAUGAAAAUUUAUCCACCGAAGACAAAGAGUUUAAAGCUUACUUUGAGAGCGACCGAAAUAUAUUGGACUUGAAGAUAAUGAGGCGAAUUUCCUUUGAAAAAGUUUUUACAACUGGCUUUGCUUUCGAGUCCCCGAACGUUAAGGGAUCCAAUAUGCUCUUCCAUUGGUUCCCAAACUGGAUGGGCUGGUACGCGAAUAAUCCCAACACCCCCAACAACGAGCAGGACGAAUCGCUGAAGCAUUUAGAAGACGACAUUUUGGUCGCUUUAGAAAACACUCUGCAAAAUAACUCGGAUCUGAAGAGCGAUGCUGUCUUCGGAUACUUUUCAAUGAAGCUCCUCAAGGGCCUGGUUAUUCUGCAGACCGAGGAACUGCUAAGUGACGGCCGGAGGAAAUCAAUGGAAAUGCAAUUCAACAACUUUUCGGCAUACCUUCAGCUGAGUCCACAACUUACGUCCUAUACUGUGGGCGUAUCACUGCAAGAAGUCUAUUUGAUGGACAAAACCAGCUGCGACACAAUGCACAACUAUUUAAUUAAGCCGCAGACGGGCAACGUAGCUUCAACAAACCAAAUAGCCAAAGGGACGCUCGAGGAGGACAUUCUAUUCCAGUUACAAUACGAAAAUUGUAACCAAUUGCGGUUUCAACUGAACAUUAAAUCGAAAGGCCUGGAUCUUAUUUACAACAAGGAUGCGAUUCAGUGGCUACUAGACUUUCUGGCAGUUCAAAAUUCGAAAAUACCCUCUCCUCGCGAUCGAAUCGAGAAAAAAACGGAUUUUAUGGAAAAUUGGAAUCAGAUAUUCAGUGGGAAUGAGGUGAAUCGAAAGAUGUGGAUGUUUGAGAUUGAAAUCUUUGCACCCCGGAUAAUAUUCUUGGAAAACUACAAAGUCAGCAAUUCGUUAAUGGUUCUGUUGGAUUUCGGAAAACUGGAGAUGAGAAAAAUGGAGGUGAAGAAGUGCAUUCCUGUGAUAGAAUCGGCGGCAUCGGAAAACAACAGCGACGAUGAGGAAACGUAUCUGACUCCUUGUUCGACUCCGCCUGCCUCGGAAAAAAGUGGCUCGGACUCUCCGACACUUCUUGAGAAUUCGAAAAUCGAGAAUUUCCUGAACAAGAACGUUCAGCUGGAGUACGUUCUGCACAACAAGAUAUACGACAAGUAUCUGAUAAACUUUACAAACCUGCAAGUGUUGGUCUGCAAGUACGAGGAAAGGUGGCAAGCGUGCUUGAAGACAUCGUCCAACUUUCACCUGAUUGAUAAGUUCAACAUAAACCUCACAUUCGAGCAAAGGAACAUCUUCACAGUCGACCCCGAUUAUCCUUCGUUUGUACUCUUCGGCACAUGUCCUACGAUACUGAUCCACGGGAAUGAGGAACUCAUAAACAACUGCUACACCAUCAUGACUCCGAUUGUGAAAGCUUCAAGGGAAAUGGAUAAUAUCUAUCGAGGGGGCAACACAAUCUACGCCAGUGAACGGAUCAAAAACCUUGCCGAGGACGACAAGAGCAGAAUUGUGAUUGAGUUUGUGAUGGAUCAACUGGUGAUUGAGAUGCAGUCGACGGACAGAAGCAUUGCCGAACUUCAGGUUAUUGGGGCACGAGCUGGAUUAACCAAAGAAUCAAGUGAAACAAAAAUUUCGAUGUCGGUGCAUGGUUUGCUUCUGGUGGAUGCCAUACAAUCAUUUGGGCCUGAUUUUGAACUUCUGGUGGCCAGUCAUCGUCACGUGGGUAUGGAUAGCUUGUCUGGAAGUCUUAAACACAGUGCAGUAGUUUCUCCAACUUCGCCUGGAUCACCUCACUUCUUCGACAGGGCCACCAGUCCUCAUAUGAUAACGAAGGCAGUGCAAAACAUUAAAAUGGGGGAUAAGCAAACAGAGUUCUGCCAGGAUGAAGACUCAACAGCACUUAUUUCUGUUGACAUCACAAUUGUUCCACCAGGUCCUACGAAUCCCGUAAAGCUUCACACGACCAACAUUACCUUCAACAGUUUGGAUAUAAUAGCAAACCAGGACACUAUUAUUGAAAUACUCAACUUUGCCAAAAGGACUCUUCUGACCCAAAACAUAUUCCAAAGCGAUAGCCCGGCACCAGCAGAAGAAUCGCCUGAUGAGCCAAUCGAAAUAGAGGAUCAAGUGAAUCAAACAAGUCACAAUAAGAUAACCUUUGACUUCUUCCGACUGAAUAUCCUGUUGCUUUACACCAUAAAGAGGGAAAAAAUAAGUAUCGGCCGGAAAGUGGGAACUGUAACGCUUACAGAAGCUAAGAUAAAUGCCUCAUUUCAAUCGGACUUGUCCAUAUUCGGUUCGCUCGGUGGAAUUCAAGUCAUUGACAUUACUCCAGAGGCCUUUUGUCAUCCGAGAAUUCUCUCUGUUGGCCGAGAUCAGAUCCUAAGGGCUUCGGACACAAACAAGCAAACUGUUCUGAGUCAACUUUCCAACGAGAUUUAUUCUAAUAAUUACAACGAAGAGAAGAGCGACGAAAGUGAUGCUAUUAGUUUCCAAAGUCACUGGAGCGACAAGACGACAUGUACUUUUCAAAUGCGAAUGGCCUCGGCUUCUUAUACCCAUUGUCCGCGGUUUCUGAGGGACGUCAAUGCCUGCAUCACAUAUUUUAAACGCAGUUUGCGAGAGUUUGCUACUUCCAUUGGCAACAAAGCUACAGACAUGGCCAAGGAGUUUGUGCAACAAAUAAGAGCGACCGAACAAACAGGACCCAUAUCUCCACAACGAAUUCGUCAGGAAAAUUGGCUUGAUAUUAUUAUAAGCAGUCCCAUCAUAAUUCUGCCCAUUUCCAACAUGAGCACCAAUGUUCUGAUUGCUAAUUUAGGAAAAAUUAGUUGUUCCAAUUGCCCGAAAUCCGAUGGCGAUGAUCUAGAAGAGUCCUAUACUAUAGAUAUUACAAACACCUACGUAUACUCCUUGAACAUGGAUGAAAGUGACUAUAGUUUCAGUGUUCAUCCAGCUAAGAACAAGGAUGCAAUACCAAUACUGCAUGACACUGCAAUCACUUUGCACCUUUACGUGGGCUACAAUGAAUACAAUGGUCCGGAGAAGGAGCUAAAUAGUGUAUCUAUAAAAGGAAGCAUGGUAGAAGCUUUAAAAGUGUCCCUUAAUCGGAAGCAAUAUGAGUUACUUCUGGAGUGCCUUCGGUUCGCAACAAAUUUCUCGAAUGGAUCAUUAAAUGAGUACGAGGACUAUGAUCAGAAUGGAGACAGUGAACCCUCUUCAAGCAGCGAAGAGGUUCACAUUAUCAGCACGAUUAUUCAGUUUUCCAUGCCCGUGUUUCAAAUCAACCUGCAGAACGAGUACCACAACGAUCUCAUCAAUCUUACCUUCAAGGACUUCAAUGUAAAGCACAUCGCAAAGGGAUACGACAAGGAUAUGGAAGUGAUUUUAAAGUCUGUUCUGAUGGAGGACCUAAAAUCGGACAUCAGCUCACCAUUCAGGAACAUGGUGACAUCCGUAGAUCUCGAAAGGAAUGUGAGGAAAAAUGAGCUGUCCUCUUCCUCGUGCCCGAAUUUGCCCAGCUUCCUGAACUCUCAAAAGCAUCGCUGCAACUCCGUUCCAUCCGGCUUCUACGAUUACAUGCAGCUGAAAAAUUUCAGUGGCGAGAAGAAAUCUACCUUCAGCAACAACAAUGACUUUGGACGGAAAAAAGAGAGCCAGACAUUGGUAAUCUAUAAGUCGCAUACUGGUCGCUCGGCCCAGAACGGGAAGCUGGAGCAAUUGAGUUCGAUACAAUUCAACUGCCUAAACCUGGCCAUUUGCGUGGAACGCUGGUAUACAAUAUUCGACUUUUUCGGACUAGUUUCUGUCGACAACUUUAACGAAAAGGUUACAGAGGAGAAAAUACAAGUCCAACAGAAUAAGACCGAGUUUGGCAGUAGGCUUAAAGUGUCCAUAAGGAGCUUGAACUUCACGUUGAUUCGGAACGAGUCUCUCCUGUCCAGAGUGAAUGUGUCCAACGCUGUCUUUGUGAUUCUUCAAGACCACUUUUGUAAGAUAGUUGAGGGCUGCUUGGGAUCGGUUUCCGUCAAUGAUCUCUCAAAGUAUGGAAGCAUUUAUAAGCAAAAGUUCCUGACAAGCGGAACGGAGGCCUUAAACUUUGUUUAUAAAAAAAAGCUUGUCGAUUUGGAAGCACUAAAGGCUUUAGACAGCGACUCCACAUUGCGUAUUAAUAUGGCUGCUGUGCAUUAUAUUCACACCAAGCGAUUUGCUACAGAGCUGCAUGUUUUUGUCAAAGACUUGCUUCAAUUGCAGACGCCUGUGAUAAGAAAACUCAAAAAGCAGAAUGUGGAGAAUGUGCGGCCUUCGAAAAUGAAGCUGGUUAUUCAAGCGGACUCACCAGUCAUUGUACUUCCGGCUUCCUACAAUAGGAACGAGGUGAUCAUCGCAUACCUGGGGCAGUUCACUCUGAAGAAUAGCUUUCAUUUUGCCAGCGACGAGGGCAUCAUCAGCAAACAGGCCACCAAGCCAAAUGAGAAUGAAAUCUUGGACGUCAUGCGCAUCAAUCUGGUGAACAUAAACCUAUACUCUGGAGAGAAGAGUACGGUGAAAACCAAAAAGGAUCAGGAAAACGAUACGAUUUUGAUUGCCGAUUUGAAUUUUCUGCGAUUGGGCCAACCGUUCUUCAACGACGCCACUUUUUUGCACUUGCAAUUGGAGCGAAAUCUGUCUGCUGAAAAUAAUCGCGUGUGUCCCGACAUUAGUGUGCAAGGCACCUUCUCAAAACUGAACGGAAUGAUCAAUAUUCAACAGUAUAAGCUCAUUCGGAGCUUCCUCAACAACAACAUUGGCGAGCACACGGAUGAUAUUUAUUGGAACUACUCCAACAACAGUUGUACGUCCAUCGAAAGACUUUCGACUGUCAGUCUGCUGCCGAAGAUCGAGGCUUCCAGAACGGUUUCUAUUCUGAUUUCUAUACGAAUUUUGCUGGAGGAUGUUUCGCUGUUACUGGCCCUGAACACAAGCCAUAGGACUGUUGUAGAACCCCUGUCCUGCAUCCACUUCCUGAAGUCCACUCUGGAAAUCGACUUGUUCAGCGAUGGUUCCCAGGAUAUUGACCUGAUAUCGAGUAACAUCCUGAUUGAGGAUGAAAGAAAGGACACCGGCAUGGGUAAUGAGAACAUGUUCAAGAACAUAUUGGAGCCCUCCAAGAAGGAGGUCAGACCGGAGAACUCUGUACAGGUUGAGGUUCAUUGUCGUAAGAAGGGCAAUUUCUGCAAGUACACCAUAAUGCUCAACAACAUGCGGGUGUUUGCACUCCUCAGUUUUCUGGAUCAGUUGAAGUCGUACCUGCAGGAGGAUUCGCCGGCUCCGGUGGUCAGUAAUGUGACGAAUCCGAGCUCCCAGAAGCCUCAAGUCGACAAUAGCGUUGCCACGGAAUUCGUGGUGAAUAUUACGGACUCGGAAAUAAUAUUUGCGGAGGAAUGCAGCCGGCUGGACUCAAAUGCCAUCAUUUUGAAGAGCACCACGGUUAUCUCGUACAAGCCCAAUAGCAACUCCGUGCCACUCUCCUUGAACAUCAAUCACUUGGAGAUAUUUUCGUGCACCUUGGAUGCCGAGGAGGAGAGUGCUCUGUCCAUAAUUGAUCCAUUCACGUUGAACAUUGAACUGCGGAGUAAUUGUUUGAAUAUACUCAUUCAGAAGCCCUUGAACAUUCGAUUGUCCUACGUGGAUGUGAAACUGUUCUCAAGAAUGGCCCGACUUCUGCCAACGCAGACAUCCCGUUCGAAAAAUGUGAUCUCUAAGGCGGAUUCGGAUCUGGAAAAGGUGGCUCCCCUGGUUGCGAUGGGCUUUGAACUUUCCGACUGCCUGUAUGCCAUGCAAGUCAAUGAUUGGAGAUUGAACGACGCGGCCCUGUGGCUAACGCACCAGAAGCAGAACUCCUACAAGAAUCCCUCCCUGGAGCUGAAGACUGCAGUCGUGGACGCGAAUUUAAUAUCGGUCUUCAUAAUUGAUGACUGCAUGGAUGCGGACGUGCCGCUACUGGAGAUUUCGCUCUCCAAGUUCCUGCUCAAUUUUACCUUCAAAACGCAGGAUCCCAACCCCAAGGAGACGAAUGUGCGACACUUCAGUUUGGGCAACAUUGACACGGAAGCCGCAGUGAACUAUUACAAUCGCCGGCUCAGUGGCUGGGAGCCUGUCGCCGAGUCCUGGGAGUCAAAUAUAAAGUGGAAGUUCGCCAAGGGGCACUUUGACAAUAAGAAGCGCUUCGAGAUCGGCAUCUCCAGCAAGCAGAUGCUCAAGCUGAAUGUCACUUCCACGUUUAUAGAACUUUUUAACAUGGUUCUGAAAAACUGGACAAACGACUUCAAUGACAAUGCCACCAAAAACAAGCAGCGCUCCCCAUUUAUUCCCUUUGCCCUUCAGAACCUCACCGGAACCCCGCUGCUAUUCAAACCAAUCUACGCCCCUUUGGGGGACCUGAGCUGCUCCGACAUGCACCAGUUCGAGCUGAUCAAGCACUGGUCCUCCGUGCAGCCCAACGAGACAAAGACAUUCGACUUCAGCCAGAAGAGCAAGCUCCGCCACGUGCACUCCCACCAACUGAACCUGCAUCAGAUCUUCGUACAGAUCCACGGCUGGACCCUGAUCGGGCCCAUCUCCAUUGACAAGGUGGGCAUGUUCUUCCGCACCACCACCAUGGACAACCAGUACUCCACCAAGACUCGGAUAGUGUUCGACAUAUCGCUAAUUGGAUCGGCGCAGAAACUGAUCAAAGUGAAGUCUUCCUUGGAGGUCCUGAACAAGAUGGACCGUAAUGUUUUCCUGAAAAUGUCCUUGAAGAGCAGCCACAGCGACGGCCUGACAGCAAUCAGUGUCAUAAAGCCCAACGAUGAGUUGUCAUUGCCACUGAAGUUCAUCGAUGCAUCCCUGCACAUAGCACAUAAUACGAAUGAAAGCGAAGCCUACGAGGACACUGGCUUCACGCACAGCGAAAUCGCAUGGAAUCUCGGGGGCAAGGAGAACUUGCCAAAGCUGUAUGUCAGUUAUGACAAAAGCAAGAGCCUUCUGUACACGCUGGUCUAUAUAAACCGGGAAAUCUUUCACACCAAGGAGCAGAACCUGCCGGGACACAGGAUAACGCUGCUGCCGCCGUUGAAGAUAAACAACAUGCUCUGCUGCGACCUGAUGUUCAAGAUCCACGAGACAGCCACCGGCAGGAUAAAUGCAUCCGAGAGUAUAAAUAUCUAUAAUGUGAACAUCUGCGAGCCCUUCAACUUGAGCAUCACCCUGGACAACUUCCAACUCUCUGGCCAACUGAAGAUCCCCAUGAGCCAUAGCGGCGUUGUGGAACCAAAACUAAAGUUGUACGAUAUCAAGAAGCGGGAGCUCCACCUGCGAAUCUCAAUCCAGUCGUGCAAGGGCAAAGGCAUGGAGAUCCACAUAAGUGCUCCCGUUUGGAUUAUUAAUAAGACGGGGCUGCCUUUGAUCUGCAAGCAGGAGGGAACCAACAACACUGCGGCAGGACAAUUCGAGGAGCACGAAACAGCCAGGCAGGUGGCGCCGCUUAUGUUCUCCUUCUCCGACCAGGAAGGAUCCCCGGCUCUGGAAGUUCGACUGGGCAAUGCUCUGGGCGCAAAGAAUAUGUGGUGCAAGAGCUUCAGUACUACCAGUAAGGAACUGACUUACCGGGAACUGCGAGCGGAGAACACAAAAGGAAGCUAUGCGAUCGGAAUAAGCGUUAGGAGGGGCAGAGGUCUUUAUGCCUGCACCACAUUCGUCAUCUUAUCGCCUCGCUAUCAUUUGCACAACAGAAGUGGCUACAAAUUGGAGUUCAUUCAGCUGUGCGAUGUUGCCAACAAUGACCGUCCGGAUCCUCGUAAAAUAAUCUCGGCACCCAUCGACUGCAACUUCGCAUUCCACUGGCCCAACUGGGACCAAGAUCAAUUUAUUUGUGUACGGAUUCCGGAAAUAGAGUGCUGCUGCUGGUCGAAGGGAAUCCCAAUCACUGGCCUCAACAAUCAGAGUUUGUACAUCAAUGUUCGGAAUGACUGGGGCGAGAUGUUCUUCCUUCGGCUGGAGAUCAUAUCCAAGGAUGCCACAUAUAUACUUUUGUUCACGGACGCUCGAACCCUACCGCCACCGAUUCGCAUCGACAACUGCUCGGAGGUUGUCAUUAAUUUUUCCCAGACCCGCACGAAACCUGUCUGGAUAACGCCGGUUCGUCCACAGUCCUCCCUGUCCUAUGUGCUGGACGAUCCCUUGGGAAUGAAGGCCCUUCUGAUGGAGGCGCCCGGAGGCAACAUGAUUGAGUUUCCGGUUAGAAAAGACUUUAAGAAGACGCUGACAUACACGAAUUUCAUUUACAUCGCAUUUCACGGCACCUUCGAGCGCUCCGGCGACGAGGAAGUGCAUCAUAGGAAUUUGGUUUUGGGAGUGCACGGAAAGAAAGUUGUGAUAGUGGAAAAGAAUUCGGGGGAUCGGUCGCAGCUUUGGCUUAUGAACUCGAGUGGUCAACUCGAACACGAGGGUUCCACACCACCGAUUCAGUCGAAUGACGGCAACGCAGUGCGCUUGGUCUUGGAUCUGGAGAGGCCGCCGAACCCCACGGAGUUCACCACUCUGGUGGUUCGAACCCCCAACAAGCAGAGGGUAACCACCCAGACCUGGCGGUUUGAAAAUGGCCGGCUAAUGUGUCAUGCCAACAUGUGCGUUCAGUCUCGGUACGGAGAGAUCGGCUUGAAGCCAUACUGCGAUGCUGUUGUGGGACGGAUCGAGAAUAAUUCGACAAAGAAGUACUCCAUACCGCUUGCUCAACACAUUGUGGCUCAGAAGUUGAGGCCUGGAUCCGGACAACUGGAAAUAUCCACGAGAAUGGAUGGCCCGAUCUUGACGAUCGAAAUAUGUGAUAUUAAAAUUAAAAAGAACUCAGUAUUCCUAACGCCCGACUCCAUGUGGAUGCACGCUUCCCUCAACAAUCGCCAAAUAACGGAUACGGGAAAGAUAGCUUCUACUCAUGAGUAUCUGAUCAAUGUGGAACUCGUUAAGGGCAUUGGCAUCUCAAUAAUAGCGCGAAAACCCUGCGAGGAGAUCAUGUUCAUUAGCCUGGAUUGCAUUCACUGCGACAUGGUGCAAAGUGCUUUGGAGAACUCUCUAGAUUUGAACGUAUCUUACAUACAAAUAGAUAAUCAGUUGCUGGACGCGGUCAGUCCAAUCGCAAUGUACACCCAAAACUCGAACGAGGACGAGAAAAACAAAAACGCCGUAGUGCUCAAGCUCAAAAUGUUACCCUGCCCCAACAAGAAUGCAAUAAUAUUUAAAUAUCUGUCACUGGACGUGAAACCAUCGACGGCGAACCUGGAUGAGAAGCUAAUAUUGAAGUUGGCCUCGUUCCUGGGCUAUGGAAAAAUCAACCCACAAAAUUUAAGUGUACAAUACGAAUUCGAAAACUACGAAGAACGAUCCAUUCUACAGGAUAUGAAGAGGUACUACUUUGAGAACCUAAACAUUGGAGCAACGCAGGUGCGGCUCUCCGCGUUCACUUCUUCGAAGUUGCCGGUGGAACUGCAUGAAACGAAAAAGGCUCUGGGACUGACCCUCAUCAAGUUUGAGGAUGCACUGAUUGAGCUCGACAGGUAUUCGGAUAAAUCGCACUUCGAAACCCUGGACGUCUAUCUGAAGGGCAUGAAGACGCACUACAUCCAGCAAAUCAAGUGGCAUGCUGCCGCUAUUUUGGGCAGUGUCGACUUCCUCGGCAAUCCCCUGGGAUUCGCAAACGACUUGUCUGAAGGUGUGUCCGGUUUGAUCUUCGAGGGCUCGGUCAAGAGUCUGGUGAAGAACGUGACACAUGGCAUAUCCAAUUCCACGGCGAAGUUAACCGAAACACUGUCGGAUAGCUUGGGCAAAGUCGUGCUGGACGAUCACGACAACGAGACCCGGCAACGAAUUUUGGAGCUGCAGUCGAAUACGUCCGGUGGUCACCUUGCAGCGGGUCUGAAAGGUCUAGGAUUUGGGCUGUUGGGUGGAGUAACUAGUAUAGUUCGGCACACAUACGAUGGCGCCGCAUCGGACGGCGUUCCCGGCUUUCUAAGUGGGCUGGGAAAGGGUCUGGUGGGCACUGUGACAAAACCGAUUAUCGGAGUCCUGGACUUGGCAUCUGAGACGGCCAGUGCGGUGCGGGAAACCAGUCGGGAUACUCACAGAAAUACGCCGGAAAGAAAGAGGCUGCCCAGAUGCGUAACCGGCGCUCCUGGGGGCUUGCUGCCCCUCUAUUCCAAUCGCCAGAGCAAAGGCCAGCAAUACUUGUACCUAAUCAAUCAUAAAAACUAUGCGGAGAAAAUAAUUUCCUACGAAACGAAUCUAUGGAGCGAUAAGGAGGCCAGGUUACGACUGCUAGUUUCCACCGAAUACGUGCGAAUAUUUUCAAUAGUUGACGGCAAUCCAACCGUCAUGUUCGAGACGCACCUGAGUGAGAUACUCUCGUGCCAUCCGCUGGUAACGAAUGCUGGAACAGCGUCGUCGUCAUCGAGCAGUAGGGCUUCGCCGAGUUACUACAUUGAGAUUUCAACUAAUCUUCCGAAGGUCACGAGGCCCAGGAUACGGUGUCGCUCUGAAGAGUGUGCGGAGGCGGCAUCGAGAUGUAUAAAUUACGCUAAAAGUGUCUAUGAUGAACGUGAACAUGCCGUUUUAUAAAAUGCAUUACGCCGGUUCGUGAUAAUAAAAAUAAACCUUUUGACAAAAAUGUAA